AAGUGAGCCAUACAACCUCUACGUCUGCCUUCUAUAUAACAAACAAAUAAAUCCUUUCUUCUCUCUGUUCAUAUUGUUGAUGAUGGAGUCGGCGGAAACAGGAGCAUGCCUGUGGAUGGUGACAGACCACAAAAUCUUUGGCAUCCGCAUUGAGAAGUUAGAAAAAUUGGGGAAGAAUGAGGUUAGGGAUUGGAAAUCCCAUCUUGAGCGGGCUCCCUUUGAUUUCCAUUUGGAGCUUCCAGAGGUCAACAUGUCUCCCUUUAUCUUCGCCUCGAAACUUUUCUUAACCACUGAGCCAAACGAUUCUGGCACGAAGAUCUACCAAAUCUCCUAUGUCGGCGGCGAUACGUUGGAAAUAUCUGAGGCGGUAGCGACGGGCGCAGUCCCUCCGGUACCGACCGGCUUCCCGAAUUACAUUGCAAACAUUAAAGGUGACGUUUACUUCGUGGGGCAGCUUGACGCACAGGGAUUAUGUGGUACGGGGUUAUGGGUUUUACGUUCCAAUUCCAGGGAAUGGGUUUCCGUGUCCGCUCCUCCAACCGAAUACGACUCUGAUAAUCUUGGUUGUCCUUUUGGUUUCGUUCUGAAAGACAAGCUGUUCCUGUGUCCCUUGCCCCCACGAGGAAUUAGCUAUGUUUACGACCCCCCAACUGACGAAUGGACUAGACUGGAGUCCACAUUUUCUUUUUCUGAUCAUCAUUUUCUCCCAUCCUUUGUGUUAGUGUCGCCCCCUGGGGAUGUAGGCGAUCGCAGCGUGGUGCUGACAGGGAGAAUGAAGAGUCUUCCCGGCGGAUCUCGUGUGAAAUAUGACAUACACGCUUUGCUGGUGGAUAAUCAAGAUUAUCGUGUUCAUCGCCGUCAACGCCUUGAUGAGUUGUGUGAGGCGAUCCAACCAUCCUUCUUUAAAGCUUCGGACUCAGACCUCAGCUUGGUUGACCUUGGCAACAGCAAAGUAUGCGUUAUGAUCGGUGGUCUCGCAGAACGCAUUCCAUCCCUUUGCAUUUUAGUAGUUGAAUUAGGGUUGGUACAAGAGGAGGAGGAGCAGCAAAGGUUCUUAUCUGUGCGUGUACUCGUCAAUCGAGUCUUCGAUAUGGUGCCUUAUUUCUUAAAGGACCGCGGUGUUCAAGUGCUCUGCACCUCCUUUCUUUUCUCGCUCAGCAACGGAACGUUGGACAUAGACAGGGAUUCCGUGAAGGAUCAUAUAGGUGAGAAAGUUCCCACCCUGACUUCGGCAUCUCUGGAGGCCUUUUCCCGGAAGAGGUCAUCCGGGGAGGACGGCCCUUCGACAGAAGGUGAUAAUGUGGUCAAGGUUGCUCAAUCUAAGGGGAGUAGUUUAAAGAGAAGAGAGCUAGAGUCAGGUGUUGUAGGUCUUGAUAAGUACGUGGAGGUUUCUCAAUUGAAGGAUAAGGCUAGAGAAUUGGGUAUGAAGGACAUGACCGAGGCUUUGGAGGCGAAGGAAAAAGAGUCAGAGGAAAUGGUAAAACAGAUAACUACUUUGCAGUCUCAAUUGAAGGGACGCGAUGAGAAGAUUGAGGCAUUAACUCUAAAGGUGUGUGAGCUGGAGAAUGCAUUAAAGGAUGCUAAAAAUUCAAAGGAGCCAAUGGCUUAUGACAUGUUUGGAAAAGGGUUUGAUCGUGCUAGGACUAGUUGAAUUAGGGGAUUCUACUGUCAUGAGUGGUUUGGAAGAUGCAAUGGAUUUUGGGAAGUAGGAUUAAUCUAAAUCAAACCCUCUUUUAGGUAUGCAUUGCAUUGCAUUGUAUGAUAUCAUAUAUGGACAGAAUUUUCAGAUAGUAGAAUUUAUACUGCAUUGCUUAGAAUUUGUUGAAUGAAUGAUUUAUGUCAAUUUUUCUUGGAUU